AUGGCGCCCAUCCCAGGAAUGAUACGUGAAGCUCGAUUUGAGAGACAGCACCGCAUAUACUGGACAGACUACGGGAUGUACACCGAGAUAAAAACAACUGACAUGCAAACUAGCUACAGCAAGCUGGCAAACGUUUCUCACGAGUUCCAGGAUAAAUGGGUGACCAUUGCCAGCGUUCUUUUCGCGAUUAUCAUGGUGGGCAUCAUCGCCCACUUUUGCUUUGGGGGGAGACACAGGUAUCCGCGACAAAGUGCAUCUACCGAGGAUAAGAUGAAGCUGGAGGACGCUGAGUAUCUGGAUAUGACUGAGGAACCCCGCUCAGAUGGCGGCUGGAUGUGUUUCAUUAUGGCCUGCCAUGCUGCCAUUACCCUCGGUGUUGUCUGA